GCAAACACCCGCGCGGCUUCCCCUUCGAGAUGGCAAGAAUUAGUAAAUGCUUACCAAAACAGGAAAGUCCAGGUCAACCGAAUGCCGAGAACGCGAGAUGAUGUUCAUCUGUCUGAACAAUAACCUCUUGGUUGGUUGUAUCUGGGUUGGUAAGCUGCAGGCUGGCGAGACAAUCACUUGGAAUACAAAUAUAUCGCUGUUGAGCCACUGAGCAUCUCCAAAUUACAGCGGCAAUCGCGAUGUUUGGAUCGCGCAUAUUUGGGGAUCAUCGCAUCUUCAGGUUAUUUAUUCUGCCAAUUUUAGUCCUCAUUCUGGCUCUCCUUUUCCGGUCAUCAAUUCCUUUGGCACAUAACUUGCCGUCCUUGACUAAGAUCAGGAACUAUUCAUCACUGUUCAAGUCAGCACAGCCGUCUCCCAAAAUGACGAAGGCACCAGUGUAUUUCUUCAGCCACGGAGGACCGAGUGUCCAAUACGACACGGCACACCCCGCAUACCCCGUGCUCCAGGCAAUCGGCAAGGAGAUCACCCAGAAAGUCAAACCCAAGGCUCUCGUAGUAUUCUCCGCCCACUGGCAGGCCGAGCCCAAUGAGAUCAACCUCAACAACGCCGAGGACACUGACCUCAUCUACGACUUCUACGGCUUCCCUCCAAAAUUCUAUGAAGCCACCUUCCCCAGCAAAGGCAGCCCGGAGAUAGCCUCGCAGAUCCUCAGCCUGCUCUCCGAUGCGGGGAUCAAAGCCAAGGGCCUCAAGCGCGGCCUCGACCAUGGCGUCUUCUCGGGCUUCAACGUCGCCUUCGGCCCCGACGAGAACCCACUCACCUGCCCGCUAAUCCAGGUUUCGCUCUUUAACAACGAGGAUCCGGACGCCCACUACCGCCUCGGCCAGGCCGUCUCUUCACUCCGCGACGAGAAUAUCGUCAUCAUCGGCACGGGAAUGUCAGUGCACAACCUGCGCGACAUGCGCACUACCUGGGGCCAAACUACGCCUCAGCCCUACGUAGCGUCCUUUGACAACGCUCUGAAGGAGGCCGUCGAGGCGGAUCCGGGUGUUAGGCAAGAGAGAAUGGCUGCCGUGUCCAAAAGACCGGAUGCCAGGCAGUCGCACCCGUGGAUGGACCAUCUCAUGCCCGUCUAUGUGGCGGCGGGCGCGGCGGGCGAGGAUAAGGGGAUACAGACCUGGACGAUGCACGAGCCGUGCUUCGCGUGGGCGCAGUACCGGUUUGGGGAGGUCCCGGCGUGAGAUCAGGAACUGUUUUCAAGUUGACACGGCAUUGCGGGCCUUGGUGGUGAUAACUAUCAUGUCAUCUAUUUUCCUUGUCCGACUUUUAUGUGCGGCAUCACUCACUCAGCUAU